AGAAAUUAUUACAUGUCCAUCAUUUUCUGACUGCUCAUAUUGUGAUUUUUUGAAGGCAGGAAAUCUUAACAGGGUAGGUAUAUAUGUUUUUUUUCCAUUUUUCCCUCUUUAAAUAUGAUACAUAUAUGUAAGGAUUUUUGUCUUAUUCUCAUGGGAAUGAAAAUGUUUAUGUUGUUAUGUGCUAUUCUCUUUUUUUCAUGAAUAUCAUUUUGCUUUGAAUGUGAAACAUAGAGUUAAAGUAGCCAGAUGGGUCACUAAUUAAAUUUGCAUCAAUCUUUACCUAGUGGUUCAAUCCUUUGAAUUCAUGCUCAGGAGUAUAAAUCAAAUGUUGUCAUCCUUCACUAGUGUUUGACACCAUUUCUUAUUAUGUUGCACCUGGCAGCUGAAAUGCAUCUAAUGAUUAAAAAGUUGCUUUGGUCAUUACAGGUGUAAUGACCAAUAUAGGAUGCAACUGCUUGCUCUAAUGCAAGGUUCUGUAUUUUUGACCCUCCAUAUGAUUUUUGGGAGAAGGGCAAUAGCAAGCUCACAACAUGCUUCUACUUAAAAAUAUUUGUGGUUAUAAUUAUCAACUUCCUGAUUAGCAAAAACAAAGUUGGAACAUGUGGCUGCGAAUGAGUUGCAUUGGGAUUUAAAGCAGACACUUUAAUUACUUUUUUCAUGUGGAGGUUACUUUUGAUGAUGUUUGUAGCAUGUUGAAGCACAAAAUUUUACUCAGUGCUGGAAAAACUGUGACGAUUGUGUAAACAAUUCAACAUGUUCAAGAUAUUCAUAAAUUGCCAUUACAUAUAGCUAUUAACAGCCAAUUUGUUCAGUUUCUGUAAAAGUAUAUCUCAUCAGAUGACCAGAGUGACUUGUAGGGGAUGAUAAAAAUAAUGAAAACCAUCAUGGCCCACAUCAUUUUACAACUGCUUAAAUGGUGAAAUUUAAAAAUUUUUUCAUAUCCAGCCCAAUCAUGGAUUUUUGGAAUAAGGAGACCCUAAAUUGUUUAAAAAAUAGUAAUCUGAAAGUUGACUUUGUGGGAAAUGGCUAAGAGAGCUGUUUAUUUUUGUCCAAUGAAAAGUGUAUGAAAAUAGCUGGCAUGCUGAAAGGUUUGAAGUGAUUUAAGUAAGACACAUGUAUUCCUUAAUCUCACCAGAGGAACAAAACUAACAGAACUCAACACAAAGAAGAACUUACAGAUGAGAUUUUUUCCAAAAUGGGUGUACUUUGUAAAUGAGAGCAAGUAACAUUAUUUUGUUAUGGACAUUACAUAAUGUCUGUAACAAAAAUUACUAAAAUCCUGGAAAAAGGUAAGAAAAAAUAAAGCCCACUUUAUGUUAUGGACACUAUAUUACAGACAUUACAUUACGGACAUCACAUUAUAGACAUAUUAUAUUAUGGACAUUAUGACUGCAUGACUUUAAUUAUGGUAAUUCUUUUGGGAGAAAUAAAUGCAACAUGCAUACCAAUUUUGUUCAAAUUUAUCACAUCCAAGUUUUCAGUGCUUUUAACUAAACACCAUUAACAAUAACCAUAACAACAACUGUACAUUGAUUAGGAGAAGUAACACCACACUGACAUGAGGAGUAUAAAUUUUCAAAAAGUGUGAGUCCAAGUGUGAAUUAAGUUUACUGAAAGACAUAUCGUAUUUAGAGUCAGUACCUUCUUUUAUAAUAUCUGAAGAUAACAAAUUAAAAUAUAGCAUGCAAUGUUUCAGAAAUGUAGCUUACAACAAGCAAUACUUCAACUUUCAAAGGCCAUUACACUGAUAAUACUAUAGAGAAAGUUGUAAAUUCAUACAGUUCAGUGCAAUGUAACUUUCCAAAAUGGUAUCAACUGGCUUAUUAAGAGUCAAUGAACAGUACUCUCACAAAAAGUUCAGAACAAUCUAAGUUUAGUAAUUAAAGCAGUGUUUAACUACUGCAAUCUGCAGUUAUAAAUUUGAUCAUUUAUUUGCAAACAUUUUCUCUUUGAAGAUAUUUAAAAAGCCUCUCGAUAUAUGAAAGACUUGGAACAUUGAAAUGUCCAAUGCCUUUCAGCUCUUUGGAGCCCCAGUAGACUCUUCUCUUGUGGACAAUAUCAAUAUUGCUCCUUAGAGGCUAGUUAAAUGUUUUCACAACUUGAUGAAGAAAUUUGAAUUCAACAUCAUUAUCAGUAACCCUAAGGGCUCUUCCAAUGUAAAAUUGAGUGUCAUAUUAGAAACCUGUACUGUGAGUGUUUAUUAUUUUGCCUGGUAUUUAUGUUAUAUCAAGAACUGUACAUGAUAUUAAUUACCCAUUUAAUUAUGUUGGGAUUGAUGGCUGUGAUUAUGUUUGGCUACAAACAUGUGGAAAUACCAGAAAUAGUUAUCUUAAUAUAAAAAUGGUAAUGGCAUUGGUACAAUUUUGGGUCUGUUCAUGGAACUGCAGGUGUUGUAUGAUGAUCAAACAGUAAAGUAUGCACUAAUUUUUACUGGUUUUGAUCAAUAUUCUACCAAAAUGAAGUUGCUGUGAUGCACAUUACAUAGAUUAUCUACUUUUGAGAGUGGAGGUGUAUGAUAUUCUUUGGAAGCUCUGCAGUUAAGUGUUUGUCUGGUUGUUGUCAUUAUUGUAGGGCGCUGCAGUGGCUAAGAGAAGUUUCAUGCGAGUGUAUAUAUUGACCAUUCUUGCAUGUGAGUCCUGGUGAUUGCAUGUAUGGAGCUUUUCAGUUUUAUUAAUUGAAGUAGUUGCCUCAGGGCAGCUAGCAGAGAGUUUUUUCUCUCAGAUAUAACUGACUUGUGGGCUGUGUUCUGCAGAUUUGUAUGGUGCUUAGUGUUUUGGUGAAGUGUUAGGGAAACCUGAUUUUAUGUUGAGAGAUUUUUUCACUUGUGGUUGAUCUGACUUAUACUUGUAUGCAUUAUGUUAAAGGAGAUUGCGCACUGGUUUUUAUCAAUUAUGCAAUUGUUGGUCACCCGCUUAUAGAGCAGUACGUGAUGUAUUUAAAAUCCCCAAAUAGGUGUGUUGCAUGGUGCUUGUGGAUGAUGAUCAUUUUAGUUUAUCACCCUCUACAAUGUUGUUUCAAGAUUAUUAUCAAUAGUUUCUCCUUGUGGUUGUGGUGAUGGAUAAUGCCUCAGUAAUGUUGCUACAGUAUAACAACUGUUAUUUUGAAAUUUCUAUGGUCAUUCUAGGAGUGGCCAAUUGAAGGAUGCGUAUUACUCAGUCUGAUCAUGCAAUUGUAUAGAUGUAUAUCUUUCUUUGUAAAAGGAUCUUGGUAACCAUAUGCCCAAGAUUGUCUGGUUGAUUAUUUAAGGUGCUAGGUGAUGAGAGAUUUGAACUUCCAAGCACUGCAACCCCAGGUGCUAGCUGUGUUUAGAUGUUUGUUUUGCUGUAAAUAAUUAUGGGUCAGGGGCAGCUAGAAAAUAUGGCUAUGGCAUUGGUGCCAAAUGGAUAGUAAUGCUGCACUUAUCCUUAUAAUAGUGGCCAGAGCUUCUUUUUACUGUUGGACUUUGUAAUUGUUUGAAAGUGGUGGUGUAUACCAAGGCUGCAGUUUAUUUUGAUGUCUAGGGCUUUGUUCGUGUAAGGAUUAAUGCACUGGAACACCAAUUGGAGAUGUAAAAAUAAGUGUCACUCAUGCCGAAUUUAUCUAUUGGGUAGAUAAUUUACAACUGAAGGUUGUUAGUGAGAAAAUUUACUAAUUCAGUCUGAGUUCCCCUCUCUUACCCAGGAACAAGGAAAAGGUGUAGUCACAGAGUUCGUUAUUUCGGUUGACAGAAUAAUGAAUGUCAGUGGUUGACGACCUGCCAGCAGUUUGUGGUAGGGGUGCUAGAUAUGAACCUAGUAAUUAAUGGCCUUGCUCACCAUAGAUCUAUAGUUGCUGGUACUGGCUUAGUGGAGGCUGGAAUUGGCUGAAGGUCUAAAAUUCAACUUCUCAUGGGGAUUCUGAUUUUCUUCUUUGUCUCAUGUACAUGACAGGGCAUAAAAAUAUCUUUCUUCUGGUAAAAUAAUGUUUACCAAACCAUUGGAAAAUCUCUCAGCAGAAUUAAGCUCCAUUGUUAAAAAUUAUAUUCCUACUGGCCUCAUGAGAGUGCAUGGUGAUUGGGUGAUGCUUGUGCAGGUCUGUUGCAUGCUUGGGAUCACAUUAAGCUGCUUUUUCAUUGCAUUUUCAGUUGCGGAUGGAGGUUGCAUCCCCUUCCUUUUGAUGCUGCAUGUAGAACAAGGUUGUUUGUUGAGUUUCUUUGCCCUUAUUGUAUUGGUAACUGCAAGAGGUGGGUUUUGCUGUUAGACACACACAUUUUUGCCAGUGGACACAUUUUUUUCAUGAAGGUGAUAAUAUAACGGAGACUUUUAAGUCUGUUGACUUAAAUGUUAUUGUUUCGGAGUUUAAUGAACUGAGAAACCACGUUUUGUACCGGUACAUGAGCUUCAAUGACUCUGUAUUGUAUUGGUGACAAUUAGAGUUACCUUCAUCUGGUAGAGUUAGUACAUAGCUUAAAAAGGUGCAUUUCUUAUCAGUGACUGUGCAAUCUGUUUUCUAGAGCUGUACUGGUCUAAUCAUCAAUAAGUAGAGAAACCAUGAAUUGACGGAGUUUUAGAAGUGCUUUUAAUGUCUCCAGGUGCGAUAGUGAAAUGGCGACUAGGGAGGAAAUCUUCAAAUUCCUUUUAAGCUGCUCCUCCAUCCAGGAAUGUGGGUGCUGGGAGGGAGACCUGGUGUCAUGUUGGGUGAUAUACCUGUAAGGAAUUACAUUUAGUUUUGCACUGAAAGGAAUGAUUAAUACCCGGUAUUGCCUAAUUCCAUGAAAAUUGGGAUAGUUAGGGUGUGUAGCAUGAGUUUUGACAAGUUGACCCAUAACCAGUCUUUCUAAAUGGUGCCUUCUUGCUGUAGGCUGCUAUUUAGUGAUUGUUCUAAACAACGUGACCUGAAGUAAUAUAAUUUCCGUAUUUGUUGUGUUGGUAUUUCCUGGUGUAGUCACGGAGUUGGUCUAUUAACUGCCCUGGUAACAGACUGAUUCCCAUAUUGACGACAAUUUUCCUUAGCAUAGUGUAGUUUGCUUCUGAUUAUGUAGUUUUUGUCCUUGUUGGAAUGGUGAUGGAUGAUGCUUUUGCAAUCAUUCUUCAAGUGACCAAGUUGUAGCAGUGAUCUUUGCAGGGUGGUAAAUGGAGGUUGUGCAGUCUUGCUUUGAUGCUUCACUGUAAUUUAUAUAUUUGUGUCUGCUUGCGGAUCGUUUUAGAGCUAUGGAGGUUUUAAGGUUUAGGUAUAAUGGUUACGCUGGCAAUGAUUGCUUUUAUUAUUAGAUACUUCUUAAGCGAAAUAGGGUAUUAUUAUUAUUCUCCCAAAUUUUAAGAUUGUUCCUCUUUUUAGAUUAGUUUUUUAUCUUAGCAGUAUAGUAUAUAUCAUUUAAUUAUUUUAGUGAUUUGUAGGUCCACAUCAGCCUUCCUGGCUGCCAAUUUGUAACCUGCAUUACCAAAUAAAAUGAUGAUGAUGAUGAUGAUUAAGAAUCAAACGUCAACCAGCCAGAACUGACCGGGUUUAAGGCCCUAGAGAGGAAAUACAAACUCAUUUCCCCUUAACCUUUCAAAUCGCUUCUCAUUUCUGCUGUUUAUGUCUCUGGUUGUUACUUUGUAAACUGAAAAACAAAACUCUUUCUUAAUCUAAAAACUGGGUUGAAAUGAAAAAUCUCAGAUUAAAUCUCUUAUUAGGUUCUUUCGUUGGUGUUCCUUGCUCAAGAGGUCUCAAUUGGCUAUCGGGAGUUUUUUUUUCGAAUGGGUUUGAUUAACAUUACUUAAUGUCAAUUCUCUGUUUGACAGGUCGUCCUGGAAAAGUUAGAAUUAUGGCUACAGCUAUUUCGCCAUUUGCGUCUACGAAAGAGACUACCAACUAUGCAAGGCUAUGCCGCCUCCUGGUGGAUGUUGGAUCUCAGGUGCUUCGGUCCACUUUUGACAAAAUACAUCCACUAGCGACUCUACAUACAGUUUUGGGAAGAACCUCAGUGCAUUACGCCACAUUGCAAUCACUGUACAAAGGGAGGAAGAAAGUGCUGAAUCCUACGCAGUGGGGAAAGUUGUACCCUACUCACAAAGCCGUGACUUCUAAAGACUUCGACAUCACACUCCUAACAGUGCUGCUUAGAAAUAUCUGUAGUCUGCGCACUCCUACCAAGGGAUGGGAUGAGCUUCCCCUAGCUACAGACAUACGCACCGAAGAUGACAUCGCCAGAGUGAAGUAUUACAGGAACACUGUAUACGGCCAUGCUCCUCAAGCCUCUGUGGAUGACAGUAGUUUCAGUGCUUACUGGCAGGAAAUACGAGAAGCUUUGGUGAGACUAGGAGGAACUCAUUUUAGAGCUAAAAUCGACAAUCUUGAGCACGACUGCAUGGAUCCAGUUAUCGAGGAGCAUUAUCGUGAACUGAUGAAACAAUGGAAGAAAGACGACGACAGCAUCAAAGACAAGCUUGAAGAAAUUGAAGGUAAGAAAAACAUUGUCCACUGCCAAUGUGGAUGAAUUUGAAGGCUACAAAAGUAUAUAUUUUCAGUUAAUACAGCAGUGCAGGCUAGCUCAUGAAGUUUUCAUUUUGGUUGGAACUAGUCUUCUAUUUGGAAGGUAUUUUUUCGUCAUGUGUGAAAAAUGAAGAAUUAACCCCAAUGUUGACACUGUGUGUUCAUUUGCAGCUAUACAUGAAGAUACUCUAUAGUGUGUGGGAUGCCACGGAAUGUGAGAUAUUCUGCCCUGGCUACCUCUAGGAUUUGAUGGUGUUUUGACAGCACUCAUACAUAUGUAUGAUCGUAGUUAUCGUCUCUUUUUUUCGUAUCACCUUUCUCGUAAUGAAUCUUACUUCCUAGUAGCGUUAGAUGUGACCCACAUACUUCUCAAUAAAAUAACCAAAUCCUUCCUGCGCUCAUAUUGUGGAGUAUUCAAUUCUACAUGGGAAAAUAGUUGAAUGAGGAUCUGCUUGAGUAAAAUGGGUUAGAACAAGAUAUAUGUGGUUAUUUUACAAUUCCUAAGGAAAAGACUGCAGGCAAAACCUCCCACUCCAUUGCAGACGGGUCUCUAGGUUUCCUCUGCGUUUUUUUUUUUUUUUGCCUGAUGAAACACAGGAAUGCAGGGUAACUCAUGUUUUCAUUUUGGUUGGAACUAGUCACAUAUUUGGAACGUUAUUCUAGCGUUAUGUUUGAAAAAUUAAGAAUUAAACCCAAAUGUCCACAUUGUGUUUUCAUCGGCAGUAUCUUUGUCUGUUCGUGGGUACUCGUGUACAACUGCUGGAGUGCGGCACUUUUGUGAUUUCUAAGCGUCUUAUUGAGUUUGAUCUGUUCAGAAUCGAGUAGAUAUUGACAUAGGUAUCAUUGUUUAUCUGCACGUUUAUGUGAAUUUGUGAUGUAAAUGUGCUUAUGAAAUUGCGCUUAUCUUUCUUACUAAUGCAGAUUCGCUAAGUGACCUCAGAGACACAACUGAGAAGAUAGAGAUUGAAAUGAAGGAGGUUAAAGAGACGCUUUGUAGCCUGACGACCACAGUGGAGAAAAGCACAGUUGAAGGUUGGUUGCUAGAAAUAGCUACUCACAGAUAAACUGAACUAUCAAUAGGGAUUCCGUUCCGUUAACUUGAGUACACUUUUCAGGUAAUGUAUUGUUGUAAGAGCACGCCUUGGCUACUAGGUUAAACCUAAAUGAAGAUACUAGGUAAUGUGUGGGAUGAAUGAAAUGGCACGGAAUCUCAGGUUACCUCUCAGAUUGGAUAGCUUUCUGACAGCACUCUUACACAUUUGGCCGAGAAGGGUUAUUGCCUGAUUUUAGUUUUACUUUUGUUAUGGAAAUAAUGAAUCUAACUUCCUAAUUCGUUAGAUUUUACCUGCAUAUUCUUGAACAGACUAAUGCAAUCCUUCCUCCACUCAAAUUUUUUGUAGAGUAUUCUAUUUUACAUGGAAAAAAUUUCUGAAUGAGGGCUGUGUUAGUAAAAAGGGGCAGGAGAAGGCGUAUGUGGUUAUUUUAAUUUUCCCGAGCGAAAAACUGUGAACGAAACUUCACAAUGCAUUGCAGCCGGACCUCUGGUUUGUUCCAGCGUUUUCCUUUUUCUAUGAUUAAACGACGUGAAAACGAGGGCGGAAGAGCUUUCUUUGUUUUUUUUUUUUUGGAAAACUUUAUAUUUUGAUUAGAGUGGAGAACGAAAUAAAACGAAGUACAGUUUUAACGAAAACAUUGGCAUUAACUUUGGCUCGAUGUUAGAAAUUAACAGAGUAGGUUCCACUGCAUUUACAAGCCAAAUAGCUUUUGGUCAGUAAAUUGACAUGAAUCAUACAUUGAUACCUUUUUCAUCGUCCAAGUAAUUUCUUUGGCGGUGGUGUCGUACUCGUUCGCUAAUUUAAAUUCAGUGCCGAAUACCUAGUAGCAUUAGAUGUAAUCCGCAUAUUUCUGAAUAAAAUAACUAAACCCUUCCUGCGCUCAUAUUGUGGAGUAUUCAAUUCUGCAUGGGAAAAUAGUUGAAUGAGGAUCGUCUUGAGUAAAAUAGGUUCCUAAGGAAAAGACUGUAGGAAAAACCUCCCACUUCAUCGCAGGCGAGCCCCCAGUUUUCUGCAGCACUUUUGAUGAAACCGCGUGACAAAGAAAGCACAAAGGCGUUGUUUGGUUUCUAUUUAUUUGUUCGUAGUCUCGGUAAAUCCCGAAAAAUCCUUUCUCAGACUACGGCUCCAAUGAUAUGAAUAUUUAUCUCCCGAGUAAUUUAUUUUACGACAGAGUUUCACUGUCAGACACCCUUAAAGCCGAACAAACAGAGUAGGUUUACCUGAAUUCAUAAUCUAAAUGGCUUUUAAUCAGUAAGCAUGAAUCAUACACUAAAAGCUUUUUGCAUCGUCCAAGUAAUUUCUUUGGCAACGGUAUCGUACUCAUUCACUUAUUUAAAUCCAGUGCCGAAUACCAGAGAGGCACCACAAUUUUUAAUGCUGCAUUCAUUAGAUUUCUUACUUAUUUUGCUACUGCUAGGUAUUUUUGAUCCGACUGAGCUUAUCAAUGGAAUUCGCCAGCUGUACAAGACUCGCGAGGGAUGGCUCUCACCAUUUCCAUGGUGUGAGGAAUUUCAGUUUUUUCUUGGAAAUAUUUUUACAAGGCUCAAAGUGGUCAGAAGAAAGAAAACGAGAGGAGAAAUCAGUAACGUAUUUGUUGACAUGUCGUCAAUACUAGACCCGUAUGAAGAGUGUUCAUACAUACAUACAUACAUACAUACAUACUUUAUUUAUUCCAGAAGCAGAUGAUAACUAUUAUAUACAAAUAAAACUAAAAAGAAAAUACUUCUAGAAAAGGAAGUUAAGAGGUUAUCCCUGUGUAAAAACUCCCUUAAAAGAAAAGACAAAAUAUAAAUCAAAAUCAUUACAAUCAAAUAUUUAAGUACGAUUUAAGUUUAGAUUUAAAAUGCUGAAAGCUGUCAGCUUCCACUAUAUCACCCGGUAACUCGUUCCAUAAUUUGACAAUCCUAAUAAAAAAGAAUUUUUGUAACAAUUAAGUCUAGCUGGUUUAAUAUAGAGUUUGUAUUGAUGAUUUGCUCUCGUAGACCGAAUCGUGGCAAUAUCAAAGAAGUCUUCAAAAUUUAAAUGAUAAAACCAAAAACUAUCUUAUAACAUUCGACUAAAGAUAAGUAAGUUCUACGGUCAGAGAGAGUGGGCCAUUUUAACAGUUUGCAUCGGUCUUCAUAGGACAUUUCUCCUUUGCGUUGAUUUAAAGCGAGUCUUGAGGCUCUUCGCUGUACAUUUUCAAGGGCAUGGAUGUCCUUAACAAGGUAAGGACACCAAACAGGUACCGCAUAUUCCAAGAUUGGCCGUACCAGAGACAUGUACAGCAUAGAAAAAACAUUUGUGUUAGCGGUGCCUACUGAGCGUUUAAUGGAACCUAAAACUUUGUUCGCUUUAUUGACAGUGAUACUUAUGUGAUGGCCCCAUGAAAGAUCUCUAGUUAGUGUGACACCGAGAUCUUUAAAAUUAGUCACGUCUUUCAGGGGCUUUUCUAAGAAAUAAUUAGUUACCGACUUAUCGCGUAAAUGCGUGAUUCGCAUAGAUUCGCAUUUGUCUGCGUUGAAACGUAGCUGCCACUUACGAGCCCAUGCGCUAAGAUUAUUAAGAUCAUCCUGAAGAAGCUGACUAUCUUUUUAUAGGGUCAAUUAUCUCUCUGUAGAUCUUCGUGUCGUCUGCAUAUAAUUUUACUGUAGAUGAUAAGAAUUCAGAUAUGUCAUUAAUAUACAAUAAAAACAAUAGGGGCCUGAGAAUGGUUCCCUGUGGAGUUCGGAGGUAACGCACGACCAAUCAGAAUAAGAUCCCCUAACGACUACACGUUGUUUGCGCCCCACCAAAAAAUGUCUCAGCCAGUUGAGUAAACAUUCGUCGAUGCCGCUACAUUUCAAUUUUAAAAGCAGUCGCUCAUGAGGAACGCUGUCGAAGGCUUUGGCAAGAUCCAGAAAAACAACAUCGGUAGGAGUGGAUGAAUUACGGAUUUCGCCCAGUCAUUAAACGUUGAUAACAUUUGAGUUGUAGUAGAUCUUCCUCGUAAAAGCCAAAUUGGUUGCUAUUGAUAAAGUCGAUUUCGCGCCAGAACUUAAUCAUCCUAUCAAAACAAUUUUUUCACAGAUCUUACAAGCAAUUGAAGUAAGGGAAAUUGGGCGGUAAUUUUCUCUCGAAGAUUUGGAACCCUUCUUAUGUAGAGGAGUAAUGUCGGCAUGUUUCCAUUCCUCAGGCAAAAGGCCAAGAGACAACGAUUUGUUUAUCAUAUACGUUAACGAAGGUGCUAAUUCCGAAGCACACGACUUAAAAAUGCACGGCGCGAUAUGGUCAGGCCCAGGAGACUUGUUGGGCUUGAGUUUCAGAAGAUGGCGUUUGACCUCAUUGACAGAACAAUCAAUUUUACAAUCAAUGUGUUGAACAAAGUGUUCAGCGCCGAGAACAGUGUUGAUUGAAGGAGAACCUGGUAUGGGAAAAACCACCUAUUGUAAAAAGUACGCCUACGACUGGGCCACAAAACAGCAAGAACCUCAGGGCUGCGGCUCAACAGCAUUUAAAGUGGUAUUGUUUCUGAAAUGUCGAGAUAUCCGUUCUGACGUUUGGGAAGCUAUUGAUGAUCAGCUUCUGCCCCGAGACAUCGAUGAAGAAGUCAAACAACAAUUCUUUCGUUUUAUUCGUGAAAAUCAGUCCAGCAUUUUAUUGAUAUUGGACGGAUUGGAUGAGUUACCGUCCAGUAAAUUGUCGAUGUUUUCCGAAUUAAUUGAAGGAAGAGUGCUCCCCAAAUGCCACAUAGUUGCAACAGCAAGACACGAAGCUGGAAAAGAGGUGAGAAAAUGUUGUGACGUGCUGCUUCAGAUCGAAGGAUUUACUGAAGAGCAUGUGAAAGGAUUUGUCACCAAGUACUUUAAAGAAAGGACGGAUUUAUUACCAAGCUCUCGCAACGGAUGUCGCGAGAUAGAAACCUGAGAGAAAUGGCGGCCAAUCCUCUAAACACAGCACUUCUUUGCCUUUUAUGCGAAGAGUUUGAGGGCACACUCCCCGAAAGCAGAGCUCAACUGUACUUGGAUAUGGUUGAAUGUGUUUUGAGAAGAUAUAGAAAAAGGAAGGGACUACUAGAAAAGAUCGAAGACUUGACAAACCAUUACAAACCGCAAUUGAAUCACUUUGGAAAGGUAGCGUUGAAUGGUUUACUUGACGAUAAGUUGGAUUUUAAUGAAAGUGAAUUGAGAAACCAUGCAAAAGACCUGACUGAAUUUGGAUUUCUGUCAGUGCAGCCUGGUGGCAGCAAACUGAGACAAACACUGCACUAUGCCUUCUUACAUAAAAGUUUUCAAGAAUUCUUUGCAGCAUUCUUCAUUUAUUCUCAGAUUCAAAGCAAGGAGAUGAAACCUGAAGAACUAGUUUCCGAUCCAAGGUAUUUCGUAAAACUUAAACAAAUACUUUUGUUUUCAUGUGGAAUUUUGGCCAUGAAAUGCGAUGAACAGGUUGUGGCUCUUGUAAAGAGUUUAACAAAUGAAGUCAACAAAAAUGAAGGCCGUGGUGCAAAAAUUGUAUUGGAGGUCAUCAACGAAUGCAAAAGAGAAAAAAGUGAUUUUCACUCGCAUUUAUUGAAGUCGUUUGGAACUGGAUUGAAUCUGACCAAUUUGAAUUUGUGUGUCAAUAGUAUUAGUGCUGCGGAUGCUACAUGUAUUGCUGAGGCAAUCAAAGUGAACAAGACGCUAACCAAUUUGGAUUUGUCUCACAAUGGUAUUAGUGCUGCGGGUGCUACAUGUAUUGCUGAGGCAAUCAAAGUGAACAAGACGCUAACCAAUUUGGAUUUGUCUGGGAAUCGUAUUAGUGAUGCGGGUGCUACAUGUAUUGCUGAGGCAAUCAAAGUGAACAAGACGCUAACCAAUUUGUAUUUGCGAAACAAUGGUAUUAGUGAUGCGGGUGCUACAUGUAUUGCUGAGGCAAUCAAAGUGAACAAGACGUUAACCAAUUUGUAUUUGUCUGGGAAUCAUAUUAGUGAUGCGGGUGCUACAUGUAUUGCUGAGGCAAUCAAAGUGAACAAGACGCUAACCAAUUUGUAUUUGCGAAACAAUGGUAUUAGUGAUGCGGGUGCUACAUGUAUUGCUGAGGCAAUCAAAGUGAACAAGACGCUAACCAAUUUGGAUUUGUCUCACAAUGUUAUUAGUGCUGCGGGUGCUACAUGUAUUGCUGAGGCAAUCAAAGUGAACAAGACGCUAACCAAUUUGUAUUUGCGAAACAAUGGUAUUAGUGAUGCGGGUGCUACAUGUAUUGCUGAGGCAAUCAAAGUGAACAAGACGCUAACCAAUUUGGAUUUGUCUCACAAUGUUAUUAGUGCUGCGGGUGCUACAUGUAUUGCUGAGGCAAUCAAAGUGAACAAGACGCUAACCAAUUUGUAUUUGUCUCACAAUGUUAUUAGUGCUGCGGGUGCUACAUGUAUUGCUGAGGCAAUCAAAGUGAACAAGACGCUAACCAAUUUGGAUUUGUCUUGGAAUGGUAUUAGUGCUGCGGGUGCUACAUGUAUUGCUGAGGCAAUCAAAGUGAACAAGACGCUAACUAAUUUGGAUUUGUCUGGGAAUCAUAUUAGUGAUGCGGGUGCUACAUGUAUUGCUGAGGCAAUCAAAGUGAAUAAGACGCUAACCAAUUUGGAUUUGUCUGGGAAUCGUAUUAGUGAUGCGGGUGCUACAUAUAUUGCUGAGGCAAUCAAAGUGAACAAGACGCUAACCAAUUUGUAUUUGCGAAAGAAUGAUAUUAGUGAUGCGGGUGCUACAUGUAUUGCUGAGGCAAUC